UUGCAGCAGUGGGACUUCCGUUUCCACCAAUGCGGGAGGUUCUUGUUCUGCAGGUCUCGCCUCUGCCAGGAGCUGCGGCCGAAGAUGGCGGCGGCCGCAGAGUUGUCGCUGCUGGAGAAGUCCCUGGGACUGAGUAAGGGGAAUAAAUACAGUGCUCAGGGCGAGCGACAGAUUCCAGUUCUUCAGACAAACAAUGGUCCAAGUCUAACAGGAUUGACUACUAUAGCAGCUCAUCUAGUCAAGCAAGCCAACAAAGAAUAUUUGCUGGGGAGUACUGCAGAAGAAAAAGCAAUCGUUCAGCAAUGGUUAGAGUACAGGGUCACUCAGAUAGAUGGACACGCCAGUAAAAAUGAUAUCCACACACUGUUGAAGGAUCUUAAUUCAUAUCUUGAAGAUAAAGUCUACCUUACAGGGUAUAACUUUACCUUAGCAGAUAUCCUAUUGUACUAUGGACUUCAUCGCUUUAUAGUUGACCUGACAGUUCAAGAAAAGGAGAAAUACCUUAAUGUGUCUCGCUGGUUUUGUCACAUUCAGCAUUAUCCAGGCAUCAGGCAACAUCUGUCUAAUGUUGUCUUCAUCAAGAACAGACUAUAUACUAAUUCCCACUAGAAGCUGUCCACGCCAUACAGAAGAUCUAUUAAAAAUGUUUUCAAUGGAAAAUGUACUCUGGGCCACAGGACUAAUGUAAAUUAAUAUGCAGUCAUUCAUUAUUUGUUGAAGUUGAUAGAAUUUUUGAAGUGUAAAUUUGUGUCUGAAUGUUUUAUUUGUUCUUUAGUUGAAGUUUUGCAAUUUUUAUGUCAAAAUUCAAUUGCUCUUAAGUUGAGAUCAAGUUAUAAAUUAACCUUGUUUUUAAUAGAUGACAUUUACUUCAAUAAAAGUUGCAAAUCAGGGGCUUAAUCUUAAAAAUUGGUGGUCCUUUCAAUGUUUGACAUAUUUGGCUAUUUAUUAAUCUCUCUUUCAUAUUCUAAAAUUCAUUUUCCCCUUACGGAUAUUUAUGGUAGUUUGUUAAGAACUGUGAUAAAUUGUGCCAAGGAAACAGGGAAGACAGAUGGAUUUGUUCUAAAUAUUUAUGUGAGCUAGUAAAUGUGGUUGAAAAAA